CUCUCAUACAGACUCAGACACACACACACGUCACCCAGAUACAGUCAGUCACAGUGUAACACACACGGACCGAGGUCGCUAAUGCUACAGGCUGAGCAGUCACAAAUACCAGCAAGGAAUCAUUGACCAUCCACCCUCCCAGCAGAAGUCAUAUAACAUAACGGAGGGAACGUCUAAGAAGUUGAAAGAGAACUCUUCAGCCUUUUGGAAUUGAGACUGUACCAGAUACACCAGACCUUGGGAUUUAAAGCCCUCUGUUGAACCAGGCCGGCACCAGCAUUUUAGACAGUCCCAACAGCACCAGAGGAAGGGAGUUCAUCUAGGAUCAGACAGUAUGCUGGCUCAGAUCCUACAGGAGAUGUGGGUGGACCCAGAGGUUCUGAAGGCCCUGAGUGAAGACCAGAGGAGAAUCUUGUUUCUGAAGAUGAGAGAGGAGCAGGUCAGACGCUGGAUAGAGAGGGAGGAGAAGGACGAGAGAGGGAGGAGAACCAGGGAACAACACAGGUCUAAAGAAGGUCACAGUAAGAGCGUGCGCUGGCUGUUGGGUCGUGAUGGGGAUGUAAGUGUGAGCGUGAUUGGAGAGGUGGAUGAAUUUAUAUCCUCCAAACUCCCCCAGACCCUUUGUACCAACACCAGACUACAGAGUACAGAAAUGAACAACCUAGUGGUUGAUCUCCAUACUGUGUCUCUACUGGCAGACAGAGAGAACCACCAAACCAGCUCACAAUCAGCCACACUGAUGCAACUCAGCGUAGACUCAGACGGCUCUAAGGACUCUGAGGAGGACCACGACUCAGGCAGCGCUGAGGACGACCCAAAGGACCCCGUGGAGGACAGCAGCGACAAUGAGUCAGGCAACAGCACAGACGACCUAAAGGACUGGGGCCUCUGCUACAGACACCACCACAGCAACAUCAGCCUGUCUCUACAACCCCAGCUGUCAGUCACAGAGAAGGCCCGCCCACACGGCAGAGGAGUGGUGGUCAGUCAUGAGGAGGAGAGCCCAGCUUUUGGUGGUCGGGUGGCCCAGCUCAGGAGAACAUUUGCCACAUCUUCUCCCAUCGCCAAGCCCCCUGUGCCCACCAAACCUUCACACCUGCAGCUGGUGCCCAGGUCCUCUCUGAGGUAACACUGGGGUCACCCACGGUCAACCAAUCACACAGAAGAGGUACUGCCCACCUGAAGAGCUCAUUUGAAUACCAGGUAAAAGUGACCUACGGACAGACACUCACCUGAGGAACGGUGCAGAGAAAUAGGAGCUCCAAACUUAGCCGAGUUAAAGGUGGACAUGCACAGCUGAGUGGGAGGAAUGCUUGACACUGGUACUCUGGUGAAGUGCCCCCCUCUUUGAAGGUUUGUGGAGACUGCAUGGUAGUUAUACAGUUCCACCUCUCCUUGAACCUAAAUACACAAGAGGUUUGGACAUGGUUAAUACAAGAGCUAUUUCUACAUAGUUACAUGGAAGUUUGUAUCUGAUUUGUACAUGGGGUGGAGGAAAAGAUUUAGCUUUACGUUUCUAAUCAGGAAUUAUGCAUAAUUUAUUUUCACUUUGCUGUCUCUCGUAUGUUUGGGUCAUAGGUCAAACCAUCCUGGUAUGUUUGGGCCAUAGGUCAAACCAUCCUGGUAUGUUUGGGCCAUAGGUCAAACCAUCCUGGUAUGUUUGGGCCAUAGGUCAAACCAUCCUGGUAUGUUUGGGCCAUAGGUCAAACCAUCCUGGUAUGUUUGGGCCAUAGGUCAAACCAUCCUGGUAUGUUUGGGCCAUAGGUCAAACCAUCCUGGUAUGUUUGGGCCAUAGGUCAAACCAUCCUGGUAUGUUUGGGCCAUAGGUCAAACCAUCCUGGUAUGUUUGGGUCAUAGGUCAAACCAUCCUGGUAUGUUUGGGCCAUAGGUCAAACCAUCCUGGUAUGUUUGGGCCAUAGGUCAAACCAUCCUGGUAUGUUUGGGCCAUAGGUCAAACCAUCCUGGUAUGUUUGGGCCAUAGGUCAAACCAUCCUGGUAUGUUUGGGCCAUAGGUCAAACCAUCCUGGUAUGUUUGGGCCAUAGGUCAAACCAUCCUGGUAUGUUUGGGCCAUAGGUCAAACCAUCCUGGUAUGUUUGGGCCAUAGGUCAAACCAUCCUGGUAUGUUUGGGCCAUAGGUCAAACCAUCCUGGUAUGUUUGGGCCAUAGGUCAAACCAUCCUGGUAUGUUUGGGUCAUAGGUCAAACCAUCCUGGUAUGUUUGGGUCAUAGGUCAAACCAUCCUGUCAUGUUCUUAGCUACCAGAUCUUUUGCUUUAUUAAUUGUGUUCAUUAUCUAACAGUCUAACCUCGUAGGCUUUCGAGUCAUAUCAUGUUUUGUAUAUCUGCACUGUAACUACAUUUUGUUUGAGGAGGCUAUUUCUAUUUUGUGUGUGAAACAUGCUUGUGCGAAACACAUACCUGUAUUUCUUUGACCUGUUGGUCUCUAAUUCAGCUAAAUAAAAAUCUGAAGAAA